CAAUACCUCCACCAACAAAACGCCCCCACCAACCAUUCUAUCUACAUACCCCCUCACACACACACACAAUCAACAUGCCCAUCUCCAAGAAAUCCAAGAUCCAGCGCGAACACCGCAAGGCUGAAGCCGCCGGGACGCGCGCGCCCGUGAAGCCUAACGGACUCCCCGUCAAGGCACCAAAGCCUACCUCCAUCUGCGUGAAUUGCCGCAAGGAGAUCGUGAAUACGAAUUUGAAACAGCUGGAGUUGCACGCCGAGACGCAUGAUCAGAAGGUUUGGCCGAAGGAGAAGUGCUGGCCGAAGGAGUUUCCUGGGACUGCUGCUGCUUAGGGGAUGAUAUGACGGGGGAAGAAAAUAAAGAAAGAUGUCGCAUGUGUUAGAUUGGUGAUUUGAUGAUGGGGGGGGGAAGGAAGAGGACGAGGUGUUGGGGAGGAAUGAGAUAUGGAUGGAUGGUGGAGCUGAGC